GCCUUACUCAAUGCCGGCUCCACCGCAUGGCUGGCUACGCUCACGGAGAGAACAACUUCUCCGACGAUGACCUUGACGCCCUCCCUCCCAACACUCUCGCCGAGCUCGAGAACACUGCCAUCCAAUUCACACAAGCCACCCAAGCGCGCCCGAAAGCCCCUCCUUCCUCUGAUUACGGGGAUGAUUUCGGGGAUGAGGAUCUGGACGAUGCGGUGGUCAUUGACGAGGAAAGGAGCGCCCCUGCGAUAGUUCCAGCUCUACGUCAAAACAAUCUGGGCCAAGCCUCGCAGAGGGAGCCUUUCCAACCGCAACAACGAUAUGGGAGCAGUCCAAAUUGGGGAAGUCAGCAGCGUAGGGGUCCCCUCCAACAACCAAAUCGUGAUCGUUUUCGUGUGCCAGUUUCUAGCCCUCGUAAUGGCCCAAUCGCAGUCAGACAAGCAAAUCAAUCUGCGGGGACAGACGAGGCUGCUGCUUUGCGCAAGCAACUUGAGGAGAUGCGUAGAGAACUGGCUGCACUCAAGCAAGACAACCAUAUCAAAACGGGCGAGAUUGCAAUAGUUCGCAGCAAAUUGGAGAAGCAAGCAAAGCAACAGGAGCUUGAGCGCGAUACAUUACUGAAGAAUAGUGAGGAGCAGCUGGCCAAGCAUCGGAAGGAACUAGAGGCCGCACGGAUUGCUGCGAAUGCCGCCGCCACGGAACGGGACUUUGUCAAGCAGGAUCUCCUAGAGGCAGAGAGGGCCCGAAAGUUGAACAAGGCUGCCGUGACGACCCCGAAAAAGAAGAAAGCGCAUCCCCACCGAGAUGGGUUCGAUGACGGUGAGCUUGCGAUUCUGUCACCAUCUAAGGCCUCUCCCUCGAAAUUAUCGAAGCCGACAAGUACUCCUACAAAAGCUGGAAAGAGGAAACGGAAGACUGUUGACAGUCCAAUUGCUCCGUUGGAGGUCAUACAUACCGAAGAGCCUUCCGAGCGACAUGAGGAGAAAGUACCCGUGUUUGACGAGGCGAUAAUAGCGAGAUUGGGGAUCCAGGAUGAUCGUUUUGAUUUCCUUGGGGCAAUGCUAGACCAUCGGCCGCAUCAAUAUCACCUCCGCACAAUUGAAGCACUUGGAAAUCACGCUCUACCAUCUGCCCCAGAAGAGUCAUUUGAAUCAAUUAUUCUGGGCAAGAUACCUGAGUUGGGGCUCAGGAAACCUGCAACUGAUCUCCCAAUCGAAUUUUGCGAGCUUUUUAUCUCUCUAUGGACGAAAUGUUUCGAGGAGAAAUAUUAUACACCAAUAUAUCUUUUCAUAGACAUGUUGACUUUCGCGUUAGAGCUGAAAACUCUCGCGAUCGCACCCCACAUCAUCGACACCCUCGUACCAAUCGCCCAACGUACUGCCGACCUUGUAGCAAUCCCUCGCUUCAACACAGAGUCCCCGGAACCGUACGACAAGGACAUUGACGUCUCGUCCUGCCUCGCCCUCCUCCACCUCUCAGCACUGGGCUGCAUGGGCGAAACCCAACACAUCACACGCUUCUGGCGUUUGAUUCGCUGGGACUUUGUCCUCCUUACCCUCAGCACGAAUCAACCAACGUCGGAUUUCGAAAUGAUGCUAAAGAUUCUCAGCACAAGUGUGCUUCGAGAUACCUUUGGGACGAUUGCGCCCGAUGAUGUAAAUACCCAGCGAGAAUACACGAAAUACAUCAUCGACCGUCUCACGUAUCCUCUGUUUGAGAUUCCAUACAUGCCUACGAGCAUGGAAAAAGUCCCGCCCGAUGUCCUUUUGCAUCUCCGUCUCGAGAUCCUGCAUCUGCUAUUGGGUAUGACGCGCAGUCCAUACGCAAGCCUCGCCCUCGCCACGCACCCCAACGCCGUCGGGCGGCUCGUCAGCCUCAUGAGUGACGAGCUCGACGUCCUGUACGACUAUCGCGCAGGCCACGAGUCCAGCGCCCUGAUCCUCAGCCUCUCCACCCGCCUGCUGUACCACCUCGUUACGACGCACGAGCUGGACAUGCAAGCAAAGCUAGCGGCGGUCCAUGGCGGCAGCCAGAAAUACCUGCUGGUGCUCGCGCGGCUCAAUUUUGCAGAGGAUGACCUCCUGCUCGAGAGCGGGAUCGACGUGGAUGUCCAGGGCUUGGCGCUCGAGAUGCUGAAUAUGAAAGUUACGCCUGAGGAGGUGGACGAGGUUAAUGGCGCGUUCUUUGGGAGUUUGCGGGAAUGAUAUAAAGCCUUGCAAAGGUUCUAGAAAUGAAAAGAUACCACAGGUUGGGCAUUGGGUGCUACACAGCAUAGGUGGUUAUGGAGUUUGGUUUCUAGUGUGCCGCCGUCUUUGGAGAGCAUGCUUGGUUGGGAGUUUUGGCUGGACUGGACUAAAUGCGGGUACCGGGUAGGCAUCAGCUGUGGGAUUGGAUUGGACAGGUACCUAGGUAGAUAUUAUAUCGUCAAAUAGAAACAUGUAGCUUAUUAUUAGAUCACCUCGUCGUGGGAAGCUUUGGUUGGUAUAAAAGCAUUAAUUUAUCUAUCUAUCGG